UAGACAGGAAAAGCCCCGCGAACUUUUGAAUUUCAUUUCCUGUUUGGCCAGCAUGGAGAGCUCACCAGCACAGGUGACCGCACAGAGCUCAUCAACACAGGUAACAAUGCAGUCUCCUGAGAAUCGAAAAAGAGCUCCAGCAUGGAUCGCACGGGAGGUACUGGAUCUGAUCGCUAUACAGGGAGAGGAUUCUGUGCUAACAGAACUCAGUUCCAAAAGACGAAAUGAAAAAACAUUUGAAAAAAUUUCCAAGGCUGUGAUGGAAAAAGGCCACACCAGGGACUCAGUGCAGUGCAGAGUGAAAGUUAAGGAGCUCAGACAAGCCUACCAGAAAACCAAAGAAGCAAACGGAAGAUCCUGGGCAGGGCCGAAAACAUGCCGCUUCUACGCUGAGCUGCAUGCAAUUCUAGGGGGGUCCACGACCACUACCCCACCCCUGUCCGUGGAUUCCGAGGUAGGGGUGGUAAUCUCAGCCAUGGCUGAGGAUUCUGUGGAGGGGGAAGAUGAGGAGGAGGAAGAGAAGGACGAGCUUGCAGAGAGCACACAGCACUCCAUUCUCCCCAACAGCCAGGAGCUUUUUCUCACCCAGACGGAAUUACCCUCCCAGACCUUCCAAGCCACUAGCCUAGACAAUGAAGCCAUGGAAGCGACCUCUGCUGCAAAUUUUUCAAGCCUCCCUACUCCAUCCCAGAGGCUAUCUCAGAUAAGGCGGAGGAAAAAAAGACGCGAGACGACAUGUUCUCGGAAAUCAUGGAAGUAACCCGCAAUGAAAGAGCUCAUCUGAAUGAGUGGAAGGACGUGGUAUCAAAUUACAGGAAAGAUACCCGUGAACGUGAGGACAGGAGGGACGCUCAAGAUGAGAGGUGGCGGCAGGAAGAUCAGCGGUGUAGGCAGGAAGAUAUGCAGUGGUGGGAUGCAAUGCUGGGGCUGCUGCAUGAUCAAACUGACAUCCUCCGACGUC